CAAGCGCCAGUGUUACUCUUCCGACUGGGCAGGCCAGUUCCGGUUUAUAGGUUUCCCUGCCGAACUCGCCUGUACUCUUCGUUCUUUAACCAACGCUUGCCCAUUCACUCGUAUCCAAGCACCAUGAGCUCCUCAGAUGACGAUACCCCACUUGUGAAAGCAAACGGUCGAUCUACUGUUACCCCCAGCGUGAUCAUGGGCGAUGCGACAGAGACAAAUGGCGAUGUCAACCCUGGCAUCUCGAACCGUUUUGGACCCGUGCAGAAGGACAAUGAUGUUCAGAUGACGGAUGCGGAAGCUCAGGACAAUGGCGCCCUCAGCAAAAGAAAAGCGCGAACCAGUGUUGGUCAAAGAAAAUCCUACGCGGAACCAGAGAGCAGUGAAGAGGAUGAUCAGCCCUUGAGCAAGCGCCGUCGCACUUCUAUCAAGCAUGAAGAUCCGGAAACGGAUGAAGAUGUACCUCUAGCGCUCAACGGGAGAAAGCUGCCAAAGGCGGCGGAAACUUCUAUUAUUGAAGAGUCCGACUCCGAUGUCCCCAUUGAAAGGAAACUUGCUUCUCAGAAGAAGAGAAUUCAGCAGAAGGCAGAAAAAGACGCCCAAGCUAGUCGCAAGCAAGAGUCCACGAAGGCGGCAGCGAACAAAAAGCCGACCAACGGCAUCAAAAAGGAGCCAGCAAAUGAUAAGAAGCCUGUGAAGAGGGCAUCUACAGCAAAGGUGAAGACAGAACCGAAGUCCGCGCAGUCUACCCCCGUGAAGAAAGGGAGUGGGAAAGCUACACCAAUGAAGAAGGAAGAAAGCGAAGAGGCCGAGGAGGCUGAAGAAGAAGAAUACAAGUGGUGGGAAGAUCCCACGAAGGGUGAUGGAACGAAUAAGUGGACAACCCUCGAACACAACGGCGUCGUCUUUCCCCCGCCGUACGAACCCCUACCAAAGGAUGUCAAAUUGAAAUACGAUGGUGUUCCAGUCAAUCUUCACCCUGAUGCGGAAGAGGUGGCAGGCUUCUUUGGAAGCAUGUUGAAUGCGACUCAGCAUGUCGAAAACCCUACUUUCCAGAAGAAUUUCUUCAUGGACUUCCAAGACGUCCUGAAGAAGACAGGCGGCGCAACGGAUUCCAAGGGUAACAAGGUCAAUAUCAAGGACUUCUCCAAGUGCGACUUCCAGCCAAUAUUCGCAUACUAUGACAUGAAGCGCCUGGAGAAGAAGAACCUACCCCCAGCUGAGAAGAAGCGCCUGAAGGCUGAAAAAGAUGCUGAAGAAGCCCCCUAUACGUACUGCAUGUGGGAUGGCCGAAAGCAGAAGGUUGGAAACUUCCGUGUUGAACCCCCGUCUCUUUUCCGCGGCCGUGGUGAGCAUCCCAAGACGGGACGUGUUAAGGCUAGAGUUCAGCCUGAGCAAAUUACCAUCAACAUCGGAAAAGACGCCCCUGUACCUCCACCGCCGGAGGGCCACCGUUGGAAAGAAGUCAAGCACGAUCGAGAGGGCACGUGGCUUGCAAUGUGGCAAGAGAACAUCAAUGGCAAUUACAAAUAUGUGAUGCUUGCCGCAAACUCCGAUGUUAAGGGCCAGAGCGAUUACAAGAAGUUCGAAAAGGCUCGUGAAUUGAAACAUCACAUUGAUAAGAUUCGCAAGGAUUACAAGAAGAAUAUGAAGAGCGAGCUGAUGGUGGAGAGACAAAAAGCCACGGCCGUCUACUUGAUAGAUCAGUUUGCCCUUCGUGCUGGUAAUGAAAAGGGCGAGGAUGAAGCGGAAACAGUCGGCUGUUGCUCGCUGAAGUACGACCACGUCACGCUCAAGCCACCAAACAAGGUUAUCUUCGACUUCUUGGGUAAGGACAGCAUCCGAUUCUACGAUGAAGUCGAGGUCGAUGCCCAGGUCUUCAAAAACCUGAAGAUCUUCAAGAAACAUCCUAAGGGUCCAGGCGAUGAGAUCUUCGAUCGGUUAACGACAUCUGCGCUCAACAAGCACCUUUCGAACUAUAUGCAGGGCUUGACGGCGAAAGUUUUCCGUACCUACAAUGCUUCACACACGAUGAGUACACUGCUCAAAGAGAUGAAAGCGACUGGCACCAUUGCAGAGAAGGUCAAGGCGUACAACGAUGCCAACCGUCAAGUGGCCAUUCUCUGUAACCACAAGCGAACUGUGACCGCGUCUCACGCUAAUCAAAUGGAGAAGAUGGGCGAAAGGAUCAAAGGUCUCCGUUACCAAAGAUGGCGUCUCAAGCAGCAGAUGCUUGAUCUGGAGCCUAGUCUUAAGAAAAAGAAGGGCGCUAAAUUCUUCGAAAUGGACGAGGAUAUUGACAUGGAGUGGGUCAAAGAGCACCAGGCUUUCUUACUCGAAGAGCAACGCCAAAAGAUCCAGAAGAAAUUCGAUAAGGAUAACGAGAAGCUUGCGGCAGAAGGGGAGAAGGAAAUGAAGGCCAAGGAACUUGAUAACCGGCUGGAAGUAGUCAAGGACAUGGAGAAGAAGUUCAACAAAGAGAACAAGACAGGGAAAGUGGAAGCUGAAGGCAAAGGUCCCACAGUCGACAAGCUUGAGAAUGCCAUCCAGAAACUUGAACAGCGUAUUGAGACCAUGGAAUUGCAGGCUCAGGACAAGGAAGAUAACAAAGAAGUGGCCCUCGGCACGUCCAAAAUUAACUAUAUCGAUCCUCGUCUCACGGUUGUUUUCAGCAAGAAGUUCAACGUCCCAAUUGAGAAGUUUUUCUCCAAGUCGUUGCGUGAGAAGUUCGAGUGGGCUAUCAAGUCCGUUGAGGAGGACUGGGAGUUCUAG